CGCGUGUUGAUUGGACGUCACUCCAGAGUUGAUCUCCUCCAUCAUGUCCUCCCGCCACCACUCAGGCCAGCGACGAGACCGCGACCGCGACCGCGAGCGAGAGCGGGAGCGGGAGCGCUCAUCGCGCAGGACGCCCGACUAUGGCGCAGUACCAACGACGAGCCCACCACGACAGACUACGAGUUCACGAGCACAGCAUACUUCUAGUUCACGAACGCAACCUACUAGCUCCCGGGCGCAGCCUUCGAGCUCACGAUCACAACCAGCUACGAGUUCACGAUCACAUACACACCAGUACGAGAGAGCACCGACGCACGCGCGCACACCGUCUGCGAGCAGUGCUUACAGAGCGACGAACGGGAGGGGAACCAUUGCGCAAGGUGUAGCGACGGGCGCGAUUGGGGGAGGAUAUGGCCCGUAUGCAUACGCACCACCAGAGCCGCAACGGAAGUACGGCUACACGAACGGUUACGCAAAUGGCUACGCGAAUGGGCACACCAGCUCGCGCUUUACGAACGGCUACGCAGGGGAAGCACCCCCACCCCAACUACGAGAGAAACCCCCGACAACGGCUGCUGCUGCCGCUCCUCCCGUUGCUGCUGCAGUUCCCCCGACCGUGAUUGCAGCACCAAUGACCACCAACACCGUUCCCCAGUACCUUUGGGAAAAAGAUCCCGAGAUCGACGACGCGUUGCAUAACCCCGAUGCGCGACGGGAGUAUUUUGACUUCACGCUGUUCUCCGGACGCGGAUGGGUCAAUCUCACCGCGCUCGUUAUCCUCGUCUGCGGCCUGCUCAUGCUUUUUCUGGGCUACCCGAUGUAUUACGAGUUCGGCCACCCCCAGGUGUCCUAUAGCGGAUACAACCUGGGCGGUAUAAACGGCAGUGGGCAGGUACCGGACCUUCACAUGAAGCUCCUCAUUGACGGCGACACGCCCGACGACGCUACAGAGCGCACCGGCUCGGAUGGGAAGAAAUACAACCUCGUGUUCAGCGACGAGUUCAACCAGAACGACCGGACCUUCAACCCAGGCGAUGACCCAUACUGGGAGGCCGUGGACCUGCACUACUGGCCCACCGGUGACAUCGAGUGGUAUGACCCCAAGGCCAUUACCACGCGCGACGGCAACCUCGUGAUCACGAUGACUGAAGAGGAGAAGAACGACUUGAACUUCGUGAGCGGCAUGCUGCAGUCGUGGAACAAGGUCUGCUUCACCACGGGGUACAUCGAGAUGCGCAUCAGCCUGCCCGGGAGCCCCGAGACGCCCGGUUUCUGGCCCGGCGCGUGGACGAUGGGCAAUCUCGGCCGCGCGGGAUAUGGAGCGACGACGGAGGGGAACUGGCCGUACACGUACGACUCAUGUGACGCGGGCACGUUCCCAAACCAGACCGACAAGAACGGCUCGCCCGAUGUCUCCACGGCCAGCGACUCCGGUGGCCCUCUCAGCUUCCUCCCGGGUCAGCGCCUGUCUGCCUGCACCUGCCCCGGCAGCGACCACCCAGGACCCGACGUCAGCUACGGGCGCGGCGUGCCCGAAAUCGAUCUACUUGAGGCGCAGGUCGACGUCGACGUCUGGCGCGGGCAGGCGUCGCAGUCGUAUCAAAUCGCGCCCUUCAACCGCGAGUACCAGUUCGACAACGACUCGUCCGCGACGACGAUAUACGAUGAGAGCGUCACGGAGUACAACACGUACAAGGGCGGGCAGUGGCAGCAGGCGGUGUCCGCACUGACAUACAUCCCGGACAGCGGGUACAGCGGCUCGUACACGACGUACGGCGUCGAGUGGUGGAGCAACCCGGACAACCGUGACGAGGGAUACAUAACGUGGUAUCUCGACGGGAAAGAGACCUGGAAGAUCACGUCGGAGACGAUCGGGGGCGACUCGAGCAUAGACAUGGGUCCGCGACUCAUCUCUGAGGAGCCGAUGUAUAUGAUCAUCAACUUGGGCAUGGCGCCAAGCUUCCAGCAGCAGGACUUCGAGCAUAUGAAGUUCCCUGCGCAGAUGCUUGUUGACUAUGUGCGCGUCUACCAGCGCGAAGGGCUGAAAGAUGGCGUGACCUGCAGUCCGCCAAACCGACCGACGGCGGACUACAUCGACAAUCACGGAUCCGCUUACGAUAAUAUCAACGCAACGACCUGGUCCGAGGCCGGUUACAACUUCCCUCGCAACUCCAAGUACGAUGGGUGCACAUAACCUACUGUUCAUACGGCCAUUCGAUGUGGCUUGACGCUCUUGCUCGAAUCACCCUACUCACGAUUUAUGCUGUGCUGUGCUUCACAAUUGCUAUGAUGAUAUACCUUACCUCUA